AUGCCAUUGAACGCUGUUAGAGUUGCCUCAAAGGCUCAACCUGCAAAGAACGUGAUUCUUGUCUUCCAUGGCCUAGGUGACUCAGGUUCGGGUUGGAGUUUCCUAGCUGAAUACUUGCAAAGAAGCCCUGCUUUUGCGCAUACAAGGUUUGUGUUCCCUAAUGCUCCAAAUAUGAGAAUCGAUGCGAAUGGAGGUAUGUCUAUGCCUGCUUGGUUCAAUAUUUACGACUGGGCGAAUCCAGAUGCCAGAGUAGACGUUGAAGGGAUUAAAUCUUCUUUGAAAGUAAUUAACAGUUUCAUUCAAGAACAAAUCGAUGAUGGUAUCUCACCCGAAAACAUCAUUCUUGGUGGGUUUUCGCAAGGCGCUGCAUUGACUUUAGCUAGUACGGUUACUUCUCCUUAUAAACUUGGUGGUUUCUUUGCACUAUCAGGAUUCUGUCGUUUAAAGAAAGAAGACUUAGAUUCAAUUGCCGAAAAUAAGAAUAAAGAUACACCAGUGUUCCACGGACAUGGAGACCAGGACCCUAUUAUCCCAAUUCAAUACGGUUCAGACGCUAAGAAGUUUUUCGAAAAAUAUUUCCAUCUGUCAGAUUAUGAUUUCAAAUCAUAUAGAGGCAUGGCUCACUCUACUUCUCUAGAAGAAAUGCAAGAUUUGGUUCAAUUUUUGAGCAAAGCUUUAAAACUUUGA